CGGCCCCGGCCCCGUCCUCAGCCGCUGCCACCCCGAGCGGGCCCGAGCAGAGCUGCCGCCGCCGCCGCCACCACCACCGCCAGGGAAGGAGAUCUUGGCGUGGAAGAUGGCUGGUGGUGUGGACGGCCCCAUUGGGAUCCCCUUCCCUGACCACAGCAGCGACAUUCUGAGCAGCCUGAAUGAACAGAGGACCCACGGCCUACUGUGUGACGUGGUCAUCCUGGUGGAGGGCCGAGAGUUCCCCACACACCGCUCUGUACUGGCUGCCUGCAGCCAAUACUUCAAGAAGCUUUUCAUCGGUGCUGUGGUGGACCAGCAGAAUGUCUAUGAGAUCGACUUUGUGAGCGCAGAAGCCCUCACCGCCCUGGUGGACUUUGCCUACACAGCAACCCUCACCGUCAGCACAUCCAAUGUCAGUGACAUCCUCAACGCUGCUCGCCUGCUGGAGAUCCCGGCCGUCAGUGACGUUUGUGCCGACCUCCUGGACCGCCAAAUUCUGGCCAAGAAUGACCAGAUGGAUUUAGUAGAUCAAAUUGAUCAGCGGAACCACCUCAGAGCCAAGGAGUACCUUGAAUUCUUCCAGAGCAACCCCAUCAACAGCCUCCCCAACAACUUCCCGUGGACCAACCCCAACUUUGCCGGCCCGGAGGACGAGGAGGAUGAGGAGGCGGCGGCGGCGGCAGUGGCGGCGGCGGCAGCUGCAGCAGCCACGGCAGCCGCUGGUGGUGAAUGCAAUGGUCUGGACUUCUAUGCCCAGGGUGAGCGACCAAAGGCCAAUGAUGGUGACCCAGACAGCAGUCAGGGCCUGUGGCCUGACCGUGAUGAGGAGGCAGCCUCAGGGGCCAGCCUCUUUCCCUCCUCACAGAAUGGGCACUAUGGAGGCCGUGGUGGUGGUGCUGGGGGUGAGGAGGAAGCUGCCUCCCUUUCAGAGGCGCCAGAGCCAGGGGACUCCCCUGGCCUCGUGUCGGGGACGGCUGAUGGGGAGGACGGCGAUGGGGCAGAGGUGGAUGGGCUGGCUGCCAGUGCCCUGCUGCAACAGAUGAUCACCUCGGUGGGGCGGCAGGCUGGUGGUGGGGGCAGUGAGGAAGAUCAGCGCAAGGAGGACGAGGGUGUCAUGGAUUAUUACUUGAAGUAUUUCAGUGGCUCCCAUGAGGGCGAUGUCUACCCGUCAUGGUCCCAGAAGGUGGAGAAGAAGAUCAGGGCCAAAGCAUUCCAGAAGUGCCCCAUCUGUGAGAAGGUGAUCCAGGGGGCAGGCAAGCUGCCCCGUCACAUUCGUACCCACACUGGUGAAAAGCCCUAUGAGUGUAACAUCUGCAAAGUCCGAUUUACCAGGCAGGACAAGCUGAAGGUGCACAUGAGGAAGCACACAGGUGAGAAGCCCUAUCUGUGCCAGCAGUGUGGGGCUGCCUUUGCCCACAACUACGACUUGAAGAACCACAUGCGGGUGCACACGGGCCUGCGGCCCUACCAGUGUGAGAGCUGCUUCAAGACUUUCGUCCGCUCCGACCACUUGCACAGGCACCUCAAGAAGGACGGCUGCAACGGAAUCCCCUCCCGCCGAGGCCGGAAGCCCCGGGUGCGCGACUCGGGGGCGGGGGCUGCUCCAGCCCCUGCACCAGUGGCCCAGGACGGCCGGCGCCACCGGCCCGAGAAGCACUUUAAGGAGGAAGAGGAAGAGGAUGAGGAAGAAGAGCAGCCCCAGCCUGAGGCCCCGGGCAGGUUGAAUGUAGCGGGAGGGUCAGCUGACGGUAACUUAACGGCCGGACUCUCCUAAAACCAAAAACACACAGAAAAAUUCUAUCUAUAUACAGAUCUCUCUAUAUACAUAUAUAUAUAUAGACAUAUAUAUAUAUGAAGCGUCACAAAAUCUAGUUAGUUCUGUCCUCCGAUUUUCUCUUUAAUGAUGUUUUCUCCCUCCCCCUUCCAAUCCCCUUCCCUUCCAGGACCCCAUGAUUUUUUAGAAGAAGACUUUCUAGGCCUGCCAUCCCCCCUCUCCACUGGGAGGGGACCCAGGGAUCUGGAUUUUGGCCCAUCCAAGGCCAUUUUCAUGGUGGCAUUGGUGGCAGGCUCCAGGCCCCAACUCUAGGACUUGAUUUGGGCCUGGUUGGGCUCUGGAGGGUUCAAGGUGGGGUGGGGGUGAUUGACAGUUGGGUUUUUAUUUUUCACUGGUUGGUUGGUUCCCUCCCACACCCCUUCCCCACAAGUAAUGUCAUGAGGGGUGGUGGGGAAUGGUGGGGGGUCCUUCUUCCUGAGUCUUUCAGACAAGACCUUAAAAGAUGUCCGUCCACUACUAGUGGACGUUAAAAUAGCCCCUUCCUCCCCUUGCUCCUUGACCUUGCUCUGCACACCGCUGACCCCUCCCCUUUCCUCAGGGCACUUAUUGGGGGUUGUCCCCACCCCCUCCCUCGCACAACUUUCCUAUUCCCCAAAACCACCCUUCCUCCCUCCCCCCAACUCCUGCUUUUACUCUCCUGGGGUGUGGGGGAGGCUGAGAAUGGGGGUCAUGGCUCCUAGAUGCCUACUUGGGCCCCCUCUCUCCUGGCCUUUGAAACCCAAAUAUAUUUAUUUUCUUGGGCUAAUAAAGGAGAAGAGGAGGUCUAGGGAUGGGGGGGACUGGGGAAACAGAGUGGGGUACACUGAGGGGACCCUCCCUCCCUCCUGCCUCUGCACUUAAUUACUUAGUGUGAGUCCCUGCUCUGUGGGCUUCCUCUCCAUCUCUGCAGACAUCCCCUCCCCCUCCCGCCCGGCCAGGGUGAGCCGUAUCAGGGACCCCGUCAUCUCACCCUGCCCGGGGAGGUGGGGGGGCCACUUAACAGCCUGUGUGGCCUUGCCAGCCCCCCUUGGGGAAAGAGAUGUUUGGAGAUUAAAAGCCCUUUCCCUCAAAAAGCACUUUUUAGAUUAUUUUUAAAACACCUUUCCAGAGAGGCAGCACAGGGUGAAUGUCGGCAGAGAGAGGAUGGAGGGGGGAGGCAGGGUAGUCAGGGCAGCUGGUGCCAGGACCAGGGCCAGGCAGGUGGGGGGAGGGGGAGGAGAGAGAGUGGAGAUGUUUGAUGCAGUGAAAGCAAUAAGUAAAAAAAAAAUUUAUAAAAUGGAAGAAAAAAAGUAGAAAAAGACAAAAAAACCAACCACGUUUGAAGUCUUAGCACUUUGUGAUGGAACGGGUACUACACUUUAUCUGAAUUCUUAAUUUAAAAACAUGUUUACAAGUUGCAACCAACUUCUAUGGAAAAUUAAAAAGACAAAAAAGUGAUUAUUACAAAAAAAAGAAAAAAAGCAGAGAAAUUCCUUUAAAAAUCAAUUUAUUUUUGUAAAAAAUAAUAAAAAGAAAAACCCACUGAUGCAGAAUCCACUUCUGUUUCCCGCAGUAGAACCAGGAACUGGGCUUAGGGGGUUCUGUGAUAGGACUAGAACCUUCUAGAACAUUUGCCCAUUGCAACAAAGCUUGAAUCUCAGGCAGGAAUAUGGGGUUUUGUGUUGGGAUGAUUUUUUUUUCUCCUUCCCUCCAUUUUGUCCUUUCUUCUUUGGUUCUCUCAUGGUUUUUCUCCAUGUCUUACCAUUGUUGGCCAGAGAUGUGGCUCCCGGCCCUAGCGGGUCUCCUGAGAGAAAGGAGUUCUGAGAAAGGGCUUUGUCUAGAUCGCUUACAUUACAACCAGCCAGACCAGUCAGAAUGGUCUUUCUGAAAUGCCUGCCUCCCAUUGCCCUCAGCCCCUUCUGUCCCCUCCACCCCAUUUCCCAUUCCUUGCCCAUACUCCCUCAGGACCUGCCUCUUGGCUUCCUUCCAACAUGGCGGACUAAAAACAUGGCUAACACAGUCUGCCUGGAGUGGCCAUCUUGAAAGGCCUGUUCCCAUUCAGUGGGGCCCCUGGGAUGGGGGAGGUCCCCAAUUUCAGGGCUUCUUCUGCCCCUGACACCCUUGUUUUUAUUCUAAGGCACUGACUGUCAAAUGAGGGCCUCUCCCUGGGAUGCCCAUCCUGUUUAGGCCAUGAAUGGGGAAAUGGUGUUGGGGGCAACAUCUUCCAGAGACCAGACCUCACCAGGCUCCAUGGACAGGUCUAUCUGAGUUCUCACCUGUCAGCAUAGCCCUGGUCCCCAUUUCCCCCCUCCCAGGGGUUUCUGCAGUUCCCUGGGAGGAGAGGCUUUUGGGGUACCCCCAAGGCUUCUGGCUCUGCCCCACCCCCGAUCCCUGGCCAGCAGGGAGAGGGCCCUGUGCCCUGGCCACUCUAACUCCUGUACUCCUAGAGGGUACCUCUGCUUAGCACUGGCCCCCCUCACACAUAUGCAAAAACCCGGUGCGGACUUGUAAAUAGACGCAACUUUGGAAUUCUUUCUGGUAAAGCCCCCAAGUGGUGGUAUCUGUUUCCUUAGCUUCAGCUGCCAGCAUCCCAUCUCUGGAUUCCCUCCUUCCCUUUCUCUGCAUACCUUUGAGAAGUUUAAAAAAAAAAAAAGGGAAGUUUUCAUAGAAGGUGGCUUUAAAAAGUCCUGCCCUCGCCCUAUGUCUCAGGGGCCCUGAGACAGGGCAGGCAGGGCAGGGACCCUCACUUCAUCCUUCCACCCCCAAAGCGGGAGCUGGAGCCCAGCAUCGGCUGACGACUCUUGCCCCUCCCAGCCUCAGCCUGGCCGAUUUCACACCUGAAAAAUCACAGGGUGAGCUAUUUUGGAAUCACCAUCUGCUCCAGGGAGGGAGGAGAGACAGGCUCCCCAGCAAGGGGGAGGGGAGCAGAGAGGGGCAUUUCUGGGGAACAUUUCCCCAGGUGCGACCUCAGGACCUCCCCCUCCUCCCUUCCUGGGGCCCCUCAGCAAUAAAAUCAGUCAAAGCUACUUCCCAGCUGAAGCGUCUCUGUAGGCCCAGAGCCUGCCUCAUCCUGGCAGUGCCUGGUGGGCAGCUGCAUUUGGGGAACACAGAUACCACCCCUUCAUCUGCUGACGACAUUCAGUUAGGAGGGGGGAGGGGGAUAGGACAUGUAGGCAACACUUUAACACAAGCCUCAAAAAGGUUUGCACCAAAACCCAGCUCCUCUUCUCCCGCUGCCUGCCUGCGCGCCCGCCGUCCGCCGCCUCCUGUGAACCUCCUGUCCCUAGGCCCGUUCUGCCUUAACCUCCUUCCCUGUGCAUGGGACCUCAGACAGGCUGCCCGGCUCUCCCUGCUCAUUCACAUAGUGUAUAUAAACCUGGAUUGAUUUUAUUUUUAUUUUUAAAUUAAGGUUGUGAUAAAGUGUUGCCAAAGAAUUAUUGCAUUUCAGGAAAAAAAAACCACAGAAAAGCAAAGUGUGUGUGUGGUGGUGGUGGUGGUGGUGGUGGUGGUGGCGGUGGUGGGGAACAUGCUGAUGCGUCAACAGAAACAGCGAAAUUGAUUUGUUCCAUGGUUUUGUUUUUAAAUGACAGCAACAAGACAGAAUUGUUCCUUCCUUCCAUCGUGGUGAAGCCGUGUUUGUGCGUCCGCUACUGGGCCAGGGCUCGCUGUGGGCCAGGGCCCCAGGGGACCGGACAUUCUUCCCAGGAGCCAGGGCUCUCGGGACCAAGCCCAGCGGGAUGCGGGGGAGGCCCUGUCCAAAGGAACUCCCCCCUCCCCUGCUGCUGGUGUCUCCAGACAGGGUCAGCCAGAGGGGCGCUCACGGCUGGGGGAGGGGCACGAAGGGGCUUGGCCAUGUUCCUGAUGCUGCUUCUCCCCUCCUCUCUCCUUCUGAGAUUAAAAAGAUAGACUCACCAAGACCAUGCAGAAAUACUAUUUGAAACAGGAACCAGUGAAUGUAAUGUGACGGACAAGGGGCAGGAGCAGGACGAAGAGAGGGGUUCUGCACUGGCUGACCUGGCGGUCCGCGGGCUCUGUCAGGCACUAGUACCAAAGUAUGCUGUCCCCUCAUCAGGCCAGAGUGCCUGAGGAUGGGCAGGGACGGGGGACAGCCAAGGGCCAGGCCCAGGAGGCCUACAGGCUUCCUGACACCUGGUCCCGUCAGGGAUACCCGGCCCUGCCUCCAUGUUUAGGGUCCCCACAGCCAUUCCACAAACUUAACCCCCCCCAACCCUCUCAAUUACCUUUGUAACCAAGCUUCUUGCAUCUGUCCCUUUAACUCCCCUCCUUGCUGGGGGUGGGGGGCCCCUACCGUUCCACCCCCCAGAGGCCAGAGUGGGACUAGAGCUGGGCAAAGACCCUGCUUCUGGGACAGAGGUACCUUGGGGGGGGGGGUUGAGGAUUGGGGUAUUGUUCUUUGCACUAAUUAGACCCACUGACCACGAAGGGAGUGUGGUUCUGUUGCACAUGGCCAAGGCUUGGAGGUCAGCAUGGAGGAAAGGUUCAACCCAGGGACUUGAGGGCAAGAGAGAGGAGGACGGAAGCACUCAGAGGUGACAGGGAGAAGGGAGGUGAGGAGCAGGGGAGGAGUCUUUGUACUCUGGGGAAGCCAUUCCUCCCCGGCUCCCAGUCCCAGACGCUUCCUUGCCCAGCCGUGAGCUCCCCAGCUCCGGAGUUCAGACUGUUCAGGCAGCCGGAUUGGAGAAUAGAAAACUAUUUUUUAAGAAAGAAAGAUAUUUAUAUUUGCAGUUUAUUUUAAAGAGUUAUUUAAGCAGAGGAAGCGUGCGGCUGAGCCCGGCUUGAGCCUGGGGGAGCAUAGCGUCUGCCUGACGACUGAGUCCCCAGAGCCGAGCCGAGCUCUCUCUAUAUCUAUAUAUACAGAUUUAAACUUUAUUGGGGCGUGUGGGGGAGUGGCUGUGUGGAGGGGGGAGAGGCACAGAAGAGCUUCCAGCCGAUCCCUUCCUCUUGACAGUGGAGGAAGGGGGGUUGGCAAGGUGGUCAGUGGGGUUCAGAGCCCUGGGGUCUGGUGGGGUUCCCAGCCAGCAGAUUCAAGCACAGAGAAGACAUUCCAUGGACUGUAUCUGAGUGUUUAUAACGUGUGGGAGAAAAAAGAAAUGGAUUAAAAUGCACUUUUGGGGGAGGGGGGGCUUUAAAAAUAAUUUUAAAAACCCAAAAAAAGGACAAAAAUGAAACGCAAAACAUUCAUUUUUCUUGUAUAUAAAGACCACUAAAAACAGCUGUAAACACCCCUG